AGGCUGCGGAUGGGGGAGGGGAUGCACCGAGUCCCGGGUUGUCUGGAUGAGGGUUCGGGAAGCUUUGGCAUGUGAGAUCCAGUUUCCUGGCUCUGCACCGGGUCCUUGCUCUUGUCUGCGCUGGCUCUCUCACUUCGGGGCUUAAGACUGAAAAAGCAUCCCGGCAGGGGGGCCUUCCAACCCCCAAGCAGCCUAUCCAGAGACCCCCCCCAAUUUCGAUCUUGAAGUUGGAGGCCCCCGGAGAAGUUCGAGUCUAAUCUUUUAGAAAGGUUAGAGGGGUUGAGGCUGCCUGAUUCCCGCCUGGUGUGUGAGUGCCAAGGCUCGGGCAGCAUGACGACCGAGACGUUCGUGAAGGAUAUCAAGCCCGGGCUCAAGAAUCUGAACCUUAUCUUCAUUGUGCUGGAGACAGGCCGAGUGACCAAGACAAAGGACGGGCAUGAAGUAAGAACCUGCAAAGUGGCAGACAAGACGGGCAGCAUCAAUAUCUCUGUCUGGGACGACGUGGGCAACCUGAUCCAGCCUGGGGACAUUAUCCGGCUCACCAAAGGGUACGCUUCAGUGUUCAAAGGUUGUCUGACCCUGUACACUGGCCGUGGGGGUGAUCUGCAGAAGAUUGGAGAAUUCUGUAUGGUUUAUUCUGAGGUUCCUAACUUCAGUGAGCCAAACCCAGAGUAUAGCACCCAGCAGGCACCCAACAAGGCGGUGCAGAACGACAGCAGCCCUACAGCUCCCCAGACUACCAUCGGACCCCCUGCUGCUUCUCCAGCCUCUGAGAGCCAGAACGGGAAUGGACUGAGUGCCACACCAGGUCCUGGUGGUGGUCCGCAUCCCCCUCACACGCCCUCCCACCCCCCCAGCACCCGAAUUACUCGAAGCCAGCCCAACCACACACCUGCAGGCCUUCCCGGCUCCUCCAGCAACCCUGUUAGUAACGGCAAAGAAACCCGAAGGAGCAGCAAGAGAUAGCAAGACACUCUUCCUCUUUUCCCGCCACUAACCACGUCCCAAGCAUCUGCCGGAGAGCAAAACAGCCUUCUACUGGGCUGCAGCUUUGGGAUGGGGUGGUAGUGUAACAGCCUUUUAGCCACUAAACUUCACUGGAGGGGUGGUGAGCAGUGGCCUUAUCCACCCUAAGCCCAUACCCCCAACCCCCAUUGUCCAGCUGAAGCUGGACCCUCUGCCCAUCCUCCUUCCUCUUAAGACACAACAGUUGCCAUCUGUUUCUUCUGUGUGUUAUAUGGGAGUCAUAUGAAAUCUCUCCUUCCUAAUAAAUGUUAUCACUCUG